GCCUGGUACAAAACGUUUACCUGUGAGCUUGUGCUGGCCGCGUUCAAAGCCACAGGCAUCUCACCACUAGACCCACCUAUUAUACUUAAUAGGUUCAAGAACAAGCAAAGCGAGCUUCCGCGAACUCCAUCUCUGUUACUCAACGUCAACAGGAUUGCAAUAGAACAGUUUUGCAACGCAACAGUGAAGGACCCUACAAGUUAUGAGGCAAGGAAGCUAGUUCGCACGUUGAACUACUUAGCAGCUCGCAACUCACUUCUAGAGGUAGAAAACGAAGGCCUCUGCAACCAAAUUGACACCCGAAAGACCUCUCAGAGGUACCGCCAAGCCCUGCCACUGCAGGCCUCCAAGUCCUAUACUUCUAACGCGAUGUUGUGGUCUCCAACGAAGGUGGAUGAAGCCCAGGCUCAACUACGUCAAAAUACCCACCAACAGGCUGAGGAAACUGCUGCAAAGGCUCGCAGGAAGGCAGACGCAGCCGAGAAGAAGGUUCGAGAUGAGCGAGAGAAGGAGCGGCAGAAGGUGGAACGAGCGAGGGCAAAGGAAGAGAAAGCCCUUAGGACGGCCGCUGAGAAGGCCGAGAAACAACGAAAAAAACAAGAGAGCAACGCUGCCAAAUCUAUCCAAUUAUCUCAAACAGGCAAGCGCAAGGCCUCAAACAAGCCUCCUCCAGAGCCAGCAGCCAAAAAACAGCGUGUGCGUGGAGGUACUCGCGUCGUAGUUGACGCGUCGCCGUCUCCGGCACCUCCACCAGUUACUACACGCAGCGGCCGCACAACACGUCCAAAUAAGAAGUGGCAACAGGGCAAGCACCGUAGUACUCAAUAGAUUAUUACUACAAAAAAUCUCAAUAUAAUAGCUUUUGCGUGUGGCUGUAUAACCUCAUUUUUGUGGUUGCCAAAAGUCGUUUUCGCGUGCACAAGAUGAAAACGUGCACGAGGUGCAC